AUGGACCGCAGAAAGCUCUACCGCUACAUCAAGAACCGCGACCGACGCAGUAUCAUCACGAACAGAGAGCUAGCAUGGCACGGCGAGAAGACGUACGUCAUCAACCCAACUGCAGCGUGGAACCCCUGGUCCAAAGCGCUCGAGUGCUAUCUAUGCCACAAACUUCACACAACCCUUUUUGGCUUGAAGAAGCAUCUUGAGUCGCCGAGACAUCAGCAGAGUUUGUAUCAUUGUGUGAAGAGGUCGUGUGGGAAGGAGUUCAAGACGUUGGCUGCGCUGAUAAAUCAUCUUGAGAGUGAGAGUUGUAGGAUUAUGCGGUUUCAGCAGCAGUCUAACGCCAUACAGCAGGGACAGAACCAUUCCAGCGUGCCAGGCUACCAGAGAGACUUCACAUGCCCCUUCUUCCCGGCGCAGCUCAAUGCUGCCAGUGGCGUUAUCCACCAUCUUGAGCAAGCUGCUUGCCCCAAUGCACCUCUGAACCGCGACCCUCACCCCCAGCAAGUCAGACACCAAGAUCCUCCUGGCUCCAUGAGCAACAGACUCAUCAUCUGGAAGGAGACAGUAACCUAUCAAGCAACAGCUCUCGCCUUCAACGCUCGCUAUGGACGAUACCAGUGCUCCCUCUGCGGUGACACCUUCAGACAGCUCUCAAGUCUGAACCAGCAUCUGGCCUCUCCUCGCCACCAGCAGGAUCUGUACCACUGCCCUAACAGAGGGUGCCACAGAGUGUCCACCACUCUAGCUGGAGUGAUCAACCACCUGGAGCGCGGGUCACGCGGCUUCCUUCGUUUCGAUGCUUUUUAG